AGCAGAAGAAUUCUUUCGAAAUUUGCAUUAUGUCCUGAAAACCAAUAUACUGCAAAUAGCUACUGCCCCACUGCAACUGCUUAUAAAUACCACCACCUUCCUUCAUAACUCCACACAACUCUCUUUCUCUCUCUCUCUCAUCAUCAUCAUCUCAACCUGCGCUUUUGAACUUCAUCUUUUUUUAAAAUCUCCAAUCCAAAUUUCAAGGAAAAGAAAAUGGCUUUUAAGUUGAGCAAUGUCAUGCUCUGUGUAGCAGCUUUGAUGCUUGUUUUACUAAAAGCAAACCAGGCCUCUACUGUGGAAACAUCAGCAUUGCAACAACAGGAGAAUUACCAACCAUAUGGUACUACCCAAGGCAGCCUUCGUCCUCAAGAGUGCGGACCGCGGUGCACUACUCGGUGCUCGGCCACAGCAUACAAGAAGCCUUGUCUGUUUUUCUGCCAAAAGUGUUGUGCAAAGUGCUUGUGUGUGCCUCCUGGAACAUAUGGAAACAAGCAAGUUUGCCCUUGCUACAACAACUGGAAGACCAAGAGAGGAGGACCAAAAUGCCCCUAAUUAAAAUGAUACCUACUCCAAUUUCUGCAUUAUAUUGAUAAUAUAUACAGUUAUAGCCAAGUUUUCUUAAUAUGUAAUCACCUUCGAAACCAAUGAUCAAAAGGUCAAGGUUUGGGGUUCAACUUAUGUAGCUAUGCUAUAAAUUUAGUAUCUUAUAUUUGGAUAAUGCAAUCAAGGAAUAACUAUAAAUGCAGAUGUGGAUUAGAUCAUUUGGUCA